GGCUUCAAACACGGCUCAGCUGAUUAUAAUCAAUCACUGGAGCUAUAUGUUGCAAAGUCAAGUUUUUAAAGACAUUUAUCAAUUCAAGAAAAGUUCAGAUGUAACAGAGUUGAAACUAUGGAAGCUGAGUUUAUGAAAAGGUUUAAAAAAUGAAAAGAAAACAAAACUUUUUGCUCCAAAGAGAAGGGACAGGGAAAAGGAGCAAAAGGAGCAAAAGCCCAUAAUAGAAAUAAAGUCAAGACAAACAUAAAAGGACCAGAAGAGGGCAACACGUCCACGUCUGCUUUGACUGUAAAUUUGCUUUAAUGAUAAUGAAACUGUGAAACAACUAGAUUCUCCUCCCCAUCUCUGAGUUUAACAGGAAGUGGUUGUUUUAGUGAGAGGUGUGAAGCACUUACAUCAGAGAGCUGAUGAUCACUCAGUGGUGAAAAGCAGAUGUUGAUGGAGAGCUGCACGUUGGUGUGAACUUAAAAAUCCUAAAAAAGAGCAGGAAGGUGAAAUUAAAGCGAGAAAGUUUCCUCAUCGACUGACAGUGAAGUCGGGAUCCUGAAGACUCAGCACAAUGAGCCGUUCACAGGGCGACACAGAGGGUGAAGUUCCUGCCUCCAAACACACAAACUCAAGCAGAAGGUCAAAGGUCACCUCAGAGAGAGUGGCCCUGCUGGUUGUCUGUUCUCUCCUGGCAGCUGCUGCCAUUGUUAUUUACCGACUCUCAGCUUUUGAUAAUUUCCAAAUCAAGAAAAAUCUCCAGACACUGAGAGAAGAGUACGAAGCUGUAAAAAGAAACCUCACAGAUGAUCCAUGUAUGAAGUGUGACAGAGGCUGGGAGCAACAUGGAGGAAAGUGCUAUCUUUUCUCCAUCAGUUCUGCAAACUGGGAACAGAGCAGACGUUGGUGCCAACGUGAAGGAGGAGACCUGGUUAAGAUAGACAGCACAGAGGAGCAGAUAUUCCUGGUGAAUAGAGUGGGAGAGGAAAUUAACAAUACAGAGGAAAAAUUCUGGAUUGGACUGACAGACUCAAAGGAAGAGGGCAAAUGGUUUUGGGUGGACGGCUCACCACUGGACACAAGUCUGACCUUCUGGGCCAGCUGGGAGCCGGAUAACUGGAAAGAGGAGAAUCCUGAUGGAGAGGACUGUGUGAGGAUGGGGUCGGGGAAAGAAGAAGAUGAUUACCUGAAGACCUGGUGGGAUAAGUCCUGCAAAGCAUCUCAAAGAAUAAUUUGUGAGAAACAUGAGGAAAAUGGACAGUGACACAAGAACAUGUGUGUGAAAUCCAGUGAAGGUUGAGUCCUCAGCCAACUUAACAAUCUGUGGCAUGAUGAUGUUUUUGAUAAAGCUAAUGUCAAAUUCAAUGGAAACAUCUGCAAACAUUUAAAGGUUCCCUCCUGAUGCAUGUAAAAAAUACUCUGAAUAACAUUUUGUGUCUGAUAUGUUUUAUUUUUUCUACAAAAACCUUCAGUUUCCUUGUUAAUGUUUCUUUACAUAACAUCUGCUCCUCCCUCAUAUAGAACUUAUGUAUAUUAAAUAUUGCUGGACACAAGACGUCUCCUACUUCACUGUAAAGUCUGUUCUCAGUGUUUGUGACCUGGAGGCUUCAAGUUUCCACAUCAAACAUGUGCAAGGUACAUAUUGCAUAUCACACAUUACAUAUGUUUGUUGUGUUCUCUCUUUGUUUUAAA